AUGGGAGUUCCAAAAGAGCACCUAUUUGGCAUAGACUACCUGGAGCCCAAUAGGAUUACCGAGCGGGAGAUCGUGAAAUAUCGCGCCGAGUAUUUCAUACUAGAUUCGGUAGGGAUGAGGAUCCCUACGACCACCGAAUCUCUAAGUAGGCCGAAGGAGGGUGAAGUCGUCUUCUUCACGGACGUACUUCUGCAAGGGAUAAGGCUUCCGCUGCAGCCUGCCGUUCAGAGGAUCUUGGCACAGAUCGGCUAUGCUCCCGGCCAAUUCAACCCCAACUUUUGGGUGGCGUUAAUGGGAGUGGUCACGGCCUUCGGCAUGGCCGGCGAGGGAGCACCUUCGUACGAACAGUUCUCCCACCUGUACAGUGUCACCAAGUUGAAGUCUGCCGAACACGGGGGUUGGGUUUAG